UGCUCGGCUGCUCGGCUGCUCGGCUGCUCGGCUACUCGGCUGGCUUUGUUGGCCCAAGGCAACGACGACACGCGACAUCGCGCGGAUAUUUAAUCGUUGCUGCGCGAGACUCGGACUACUUGUUCAUUAUUUUCGUCAACGCGUAGUUGCCGUUUGUCGUGCGCGCGUGCGAAUAUCACUUCUAAUGCGCAAUAAAAGUGCCAAGGUCGCGCGAUCAUGCAGUAACGCGUAGAGGCUCGCGCCGAGCCACGAGGGCAUAUCCAAGUGCUGUACCAACUUGGCAGGUUGUAUAGGUUCGCUGGCGAUAACCGUUCUGCCGCGUGUACGCGUGUGUUUGCUGCGACUGCGCCUGGAUCGCCAAGUUAUUUCAGGCGCAUUUAUCUGACCAACGAACGUCCAGUUAUCAUCGCAAUUCACCGCCAGGCAAGUACAACGUGUAGCGUAUGUGCAACUGUUCGAGAAUAUUAUUACCACUGGUUCGAUUGAAAUGUCAUCUGCUACGAGCAUGGCUGAUAAUGAAUGUGAACGGCCUACAACAGCAGUGACUAAUUAUCGCGGAUUUUCGAUUAUUCUCCGACUAUCGGAGUAAACUCCACAGUUGCUCACAACCUUACUGCUUACAAUGCCAGUUUCGAAUGACCGAUGAGAAGCAGAGCUUUCUCCUUAUCAAUGGAGCUCAAUGAGGCUAUUACUCCUCCGACAAUCUAUGACACUAAGGCGUCCAACAAAUUUCGCUGUUCAGCGGCACAAUGUUACGCGGCCUUUGCCACGAACCUACUCAAGUACUCGUACGGCUCGUUUCUCGGCUUCACAACGAUCCUCCUUGCCAAACUUUAUCCGCAGAUUGACAAUGACAAUGCGAAGAUGAAAAUUUCGUUUGGCGAGAUCACGUGGUUCGGCAGUACAUGCUUCAUGAUACCAGUGGGCUCGUUGCUAGUCGGUCUAUUAGCCCAGAACAUCGGCAGUCGAUUGACUUUGCUCGUGUCCUCGAUUGCCUUCGCCACCUCGUGGACCAUAUUCUACUACGCGACCAACUCCACAAUGCUACUCGGCGCCCAAGCUAUUGCUGGAUUAUUCGUAGCGUCUGCACUCGGACCAGGCGCCACUUACGUCGUCGAAAUUAGCCAAACGCAUCUGAGAAGUAUCCUCAUGGCAUCUACCAAUUUGUCCGCCAUGAUUGGAGUCUUCUUCACUGUACUCUUGAACAAUUUCUUUCACUGGCGAACUAUCGUUCUGAUCAAUCUCGCAUUCCCGAUCGCUGGAUUCUUGGCUGUCUGCACCAUUCCCGAAAGUCCACAUUGGCUCGCAAGUAAAGGACGUCUGGAGGAAGCUGAAAGUUCCUUGCUGUGGCUUCGCGGCUGGAAAAAGUCCGGUCACAAUGACGCUACGCCGGAGUUCAUCAGUCUGAAGGAGACUUACGCCAACUCAGCCGACAAAGCCAAUGUACCGCUCGUGGCUGCAGCAACGACGAGCAAAUCUCAUUUCAAAAAUAUCAUCGCCUCCUACUGCCACAGAUCGUUUUAUCUUCCGUUGCUUUCGAUUUCUUACAUGUUCGUCGUGCAUUCUUGCACGGGCUACAGUGCUUUGCAUGCCUUUUGCAUCAUCAUUUUCGACACGAUCGAAGCACCGAUCGAGAGCAGCGUAGCCGCUUCGAUUUUCGACGCGAUGCGCAUUCUGGGCGCUGUCGUCUGUCUCCUGUCUAUCCAUUGCGCCGGCAAAAGAAGGCUCAUGAUCAUCUCGCUUCUCGGAGGUGGUUUCUCUUAUACGACCAUUACGACUCUCCUGUUGCUGAGGCAACGCGACGUGAUAUCCGAUGGCCUUCGGUGGCUCGCUGCUUUUGCCAUGAUAUUCUCGGGCUUCAUCACGUCCGCGGGUAUCGACAAAAUUGUUUUCAUGCUCAAUGCCGAGUUAUUCCCAACGGCUUAUCGGAACGUCGGGGCUGGCAUCGGCAUUUUUGUGCAUUCGGUGUGCAGCGCGAUUGCCAACAAGCUGUUCCUCUACGUUUUCCACGCGAUCACCUUGCCGGGAGUUUUCUUCAUAUUUGCCGUCUCUUGUUUCGUUUGUUGCGCGACCUUCUACUUUAUCUUUCCCGAGACUGAAGGCCGAACGUUGAAAGAAAUCGAGGAACAUUAUGGUGGAACGAGCAGACUGGCAAGAUGACGGGAAGACAUUAAGAGUUAUCAAGUCGGAGCGAGGAACGAUUAGCAGUGAAAAUUGUUGCGCCUCGUAUCGCCGCGAAAACUAUUCAAGGUGGACGUCACGUUACUAGUGUAUGUCCAAAUCAUUUUUAAUUAUUACGUUUGCGCGCGAAACAUCUCAUUCUGUAUCAAGCAUGUAAAACUACUUGUAGUUUUAAACUAACUGUAGUCAAUAUGUUCUAGCUCAUUUUUACUGGCAUACUCGUGUAAAUUAUUUGUACAUUACAGUUUUUUAUACCAUUACACUUCAUUUUCGAUAAAACCAUCCAAUUCUUCGUUGUUCAUAGAAAUGCAGACGUAUAAAAACUGUGUGAUACUGUCUACGAUAAGCCACGCCUCUUUAUCUUUUCUUAAGCCAGAUCAUGGCUAUCAUAGAUUAGCUUGCGACCAAACUUAACUAAAUGUAAGUUGCAUAAGCCAACAAAAAAAGACCGCGUGGAUUAAACCAAAGAAAAUACGCAAACUAUAUUGUCUCCUCGAAACAUAACAUUGUUUCAUAAUGUAAAAAAGCAUUUGUAGUUUAUAUCUUCUAAUAUUACAAUGGAA